AUGUCGCUGCUCUACUGGACAACGCUGGAACCACAAAAUUCAUCAAAUCUGGCUGCAAUACGCUUCUCUGUACCCGUAGUUAUCAAUCGGAUACGCAUCUUUGGCCCCAGCGAGCGAUUAUUCGAGAACGAUGAGACGCUAGUAAGUGAAACAGAACUUCCCGAGUCGCAUCAAGAGGUUGUCGUGCCAAUUCGACUCUUCCUCACAGCCGCCCCGCUGGACGUAGAGCGCCCUAAGCCAUCAAAUCAACUGGAGAGUACAAAGAUAUACUACGAUGGAGGAACUCAGGACUUUGAUAUCGACUUGAGUCAGCAUUCAACCCGACUACUAAUCUUCGACACCUGGAUAACACGUUUGACUGUCGCAGUAUAUGGGCACCCUGCUUCAGAGAACGUUACCACGAGCCAUCCCAAUCCAGUUGCCAGUCUCGCCUCGAACUCUCGUCUCCCAGACUAUCUCCAAGUCGCCCAACAUUCCACCCCAUCCCGUCUGGCAGCAUCACUAUGCAAAGAGUGUGUCGGAGAUGUAUCACCCUUGCAUCUUCUGCGCCUAAUGUUCCUCCUCAAACCGAGCGAUGAAGACUGGGAAAUCCCAGAUUACCCGGCACGCUACGCCGACCUUUCCUCAAUCCCAGAACUCGAUUCUUUGAACGAUAUCGAUGGCGUUCAUCCAAAGCAGCGGUGGCUGGAGCAGAUUAUGGAAGAACUGCGUUUCCCUGUUCAUGAUGACGAACCGGAAUCGUCCCUGCUAUUUCUGUCGCAGACUUUAUUCACUGCCCUCGAAAACCCAUCUGUCAUCAAGCCAGCAUGGCUCAGCCAUGUUCUCAACAACUUGAACAAGCAUCCACCACAAGUAUCCCGUAUUGCAUUGAGCAAGGUAGACCUGCCGUCUUUAUUAAAAUUCAGCAUCAAACGAGAUAAUUCUCUUCUCGAAAAGUUUUACAUCUGUGCAUCUAACCCAUCCUUUGCCGCCCAUCUCUGCGAGCCUCAAACCAUGCAAACCUUGCGGUCUAUGAAAGAUGUCAAGGAUCCUGAGUUAAGCAAAGCUAUCGAAUCUCUUCUUCAACGAGCGCGUGGUUGGAAAUCUCUGCAAGACGCCCUGACCAAAGAUGGCACCGACUUUGGCCCAUCUCUCUCGUGGAUCUACGAUAUCCUCGGAGAAGAGGAUUCGUUUUCUAUGUUCCUUCAAGGACUGGUAGCAUACGCACCAAUUGCCAAGCUCCUCGGCUCCCCUCAAGGAGCAGCCGUUAAACCUGGAUUUACCAACAAAACCGAACGUUACACGUUACCUGAAAGACAGGCAUUCCUUCGCGCCAUCAUCGGAAUAGGGACGGUCCUUCCCGUCUUUUGUUGGGCCAAUAGCGAGGCAAACACUCGACUCUGCAAAGAAUCAUCCAUGCCUUUCUGCUUUGGCAGGAUCCUCAACCGAAUAUUGUCGCUCAAACAGUGUUUAUGGAGAUUGUCAAUGACGAUCAAAGAUUGCACCCAAGGCACAAGCCUGGCGGCAGAGCGGGUCAUUUAUCGCCUCUACAGAUCAACUCCCCAAGUUCUUUUCAAACCCACCUUCCUUCAGUAUCUGUCGAAUCACAACGCCGAUUCGCUGCCCUUUUCUGACGAUACCUGGUUUAAAAAGGCAGUCGAAAUCUCUCAGAACGGGCUGUCCGGCGUGUUGAGAGUUCUCCUCGCUCCCCCACUCCUCUUACAGGGAGUCGAAGAAGAAAACGCCGCAUACUAUCUUCGAGUCCUUGUGGAGCACGUGAGUGACGAGCUAUACAAAAAUGGCAUCGAUGUGAUUCUCCGUGCAUUGUGGUCUCUCAGUGAUCAGGAUCACGGGCUAAUUGAUGCACUUGUGGAUCAACUAUUCGCAAUAUCUACUCUGAUUGGACGCCGGGAGUAUAACUCGCUGACAUCUGGUCUGCUCGGGGACCUCUUCCAUGCAGCGGCGAGUAUACUGAGCAUGCUCCCCGAUAUAGGCCAAGUCACGCCUCCCCUUUGUCGCGUCGUCGACCAACUGUCCCAUGCAUUGCUUCAUUUAUCUAUCCAUUCCGAGUCGAUCAUACGGUCAAAAUCUCAGUCUAUUGAACCUCCUGUCCUGAGCAUUGUUCAGAGAGUUCAAGCUGGCCUACGAACCGUCAUCUCCUUCUUCUCUCGGUACGCAUUCGGGGAACUGCCAACUAGACGGUUCUUUGAGAGCGUGCUAUUCGCAUCCCAUAUCCCAUUCGGUCGUGAUCCAGCUGCUAGCAUCCGCCAUGUUUCACUGCUCCUGGAAGCGCUGUUACCAGAGGUCCAGAUCCACGAAGACCCGGCAAUCAACCCGGCGUGGCGGAGUGCUAUAAUCUCGCAACUUACUCUGGUGCGAGGCUUCCUCUCGCGAUGCUCCGCGGAAUUGCGUGUUAAGUGGACGCUGCGGUUAAUGGCGUUGGAUGGUGGAGAGCUAGGAAUCGGCGCAUGUCUCCUAGACGAGGAACUAUCUCAUCUUUAUCUCAGCCUCGAGAGACUUCAGCUUGCCGAACAGCAUACGGCACUGGAACUCGCCAUUCAAUUCCAAGUUUCCGAUUCAUUCGAAGCUCUCGACAUGCUUUUGCAACGGAACUACGAUGAAGUGCGGUCAAUAAUGUUCACUGGACGGCUUGCGGAUCGACUCGCGAGCUGCUACGCCAAGCUUAGCCAACUUCGACUCCACGACUCUGCUUCCGCCAACCUCGCUCGUCGGUUCUUUGCGGAGAAUCACCAAAGCCUAAAAAUCGCGGCUAUUUGCACGCUUCUGAGGCAGAUGCGAUCCCAUGACGAGUCAUCGCUUCCAGAUAUCCUGUCGACGCUCAGAAACAGUGGUCCCUAUAUCCAUGCAGACACGGAGUUACUCUUUUAUGAGAUUGGUAGCACGCUUCUUCUACUCAGUGCACGUGCUGUGUUGCCAUCCACCGACGUGGACAAGAUCGUCGGUCUGCUGGAGUGGCUGAGCUCUCGUAUGCGAGGUUUGAUGAUCCCCUGUCUGACAUAUGAAGCAUUCCAAUCACUGCAGAGGCUCAUCGAAAAGACGGCUGGUACGCCAAACAGCCAUCUGAGUGCCAUGGCCAACGAGCUGCACUUUGCAGAGGACUCGGCAAUGGAUGACAACAACCAAGAAGUAACAGUACUAGCAAAGUUGAGGUUGACAAUACCUCAAAUGAAAACGUUGCUUGAUGCGCAGAAUCAGCCUCGGACCCCCCCAAAGUCUGCAACUCAUCCCGCACUUGGGCUCGUCACGACAUCUCCACCUUCUCUGAACCGCUCACCUAUGAGUGCGACGCUUACAAAGGUGUAUAUGAGUAACGACUUUCGCCAACUUCGCACUUCUGCCUUGGGUCGCAUCAACACCAGUCGACCUCCGAGCAUUCAUGUUGAUGAUUUUGUUACUGCAGGGUCUCCCUUGGGCAGUCGCUCUGUCACCUCGCAUCCAUCAGCCCAGAGUUCGCCAGCUGUGGCUCAGGCGCCUCCAAACCCAUUCAUUCCUGUCUCGUCUUCCGUCGCAUCCGUCUCGUUCUCCUUUUUGAGCACCGAGGAUAUUCGACGAAUAUCUGUAAAACAAAUCGUCAACCCGGUCCUUCUCGAUAAUUUCAACCAACCAAACCUUGGUGGCCUGUACGAUCCCGCGCUUGGUCCCAGUACGCAGCGAGAUGUUUGCGCGACGUGCCAUCUAGACUAUUUUCAAUGUCCGGGACACUUUGGUCACAUUGAGCUCCCGGCGCCGGUUUAUCAUCCACUGUUUAUGAUGGUCACAUACAAGCUACUGAGGUCUACUUGUUUGUUUUGUCACCACUUCAAAGCGAGCCGACUCCAUGUUGCAAAGACGAUAGGGAAGCUUCGACUACUCGAAAGAGGUCUACUUGAAGCUGCAAACGCGCUGGAUGCAGCCAACUUUGCAGACGAAAAAAGCAAAGACGAUGAAGCAGAACAGGUUGUAGAGGAGAAGAUAGCUCAGAAAGUUGAGCUCUACGUGAAUAUCAAUCUCCAACACGCUACCAAUGCAAAGCGCGGGGAUUACAAGGAUGGACCCGUGUAUCAAGCUAGGAAAGCGGCCAUCGACGAAUUUCUGCGAGUCGCCCUGGCUAGUGCGAAGAAAUGUCAGCGCAAACAAUGUGGCGCAGCGGCCUAUACCUUUCGCAAGGAUGGGCACACUAAAAUCAUCGAGUAUGACCUUACUCCAAAACAAAAGGUGCAAUUGGAUCAUCUAGGACUUCGACGUCCAGACGCAUUCGCGUACGAUGCUGCAAUCCAUCGUCAGACAAUCCCUCGCGAGACGGAAAAGCGUAUAACCAAGUCUGACUCCAGAUCAGAAAGCGGGAGUGAAAUGGAGGUCGAUGAGGAAAUCAACGACGAGGAGAUGGAAACGGACGAAGGCUCUGGGGAUGACACUGCAGAAGUGGUACACGUUGCAAGAGCCGCCAAUGGCAGGAUCAAAGGUGCCCGUGGUCGAAAUGAGCGCGUAGUUGCUCCAGAGGAAGUUCGUGCUCACCUCCGAUGGCUGUUUCGCAACGAGUCAACGAUCUGCUCGUUGAUAUUCGGCAGACAGGGGCCGUACGCACCUGUUAAUGCGUCAGGGUUCAGUCCUGUCUCGGCAGAUAUAUUCUUCCUAGAAGUCCUGGCUGUCUCCCCAACCCGUUUCCGCCCACCAGCCAAGAUGGGGGAACAACUCUUUGAACACCCUCAUAAUCAGCAUCUCACCAAGGUUAUCAAUACAUCAUACAACUUACGAGACAUUACUGCGCAGCUUCGAGCGGGUUCUGUCAAAGAAUCGACGAUGAGCUCGGAGGAGCGGAAUCGGAUACUGGCGAGACUAUUCGAGACGCUGAUAGUUCUCCAAACCGAUGUCAACUCGUAUAUCGAUAGUUCGAAGAAUCCUACGCCAACCAGACAAGGGAAGCUGCCAACGCCGGGUAUCAAACAGGGACUGGAGAAGAAGGAGGGGUUAUUCAGGAUGCACAUGAUGGGAAAACGUGUGAAUUAUGCUGCUCGCUCUGUCAUCUCGCCAGACGUCAACAUCGAAACAAACGAGAUUGGGAUACCUCCGGUCUUCGCAAGGAAGCUUACAUUCCCCGAGCCAGUCACACAACACAAUGUCACAGAGCUUCGAGAACUUGUCAUCCGUGGUUCGAACCCAAAGGAGGGCCCGGGUGCAAACAUGGUUCAAUUCGAAGACGGGCAGACCCAGAGCCUCGACAAGCUCAAUCUUGAACAACGAACAGCUAUCGCCAAUCAGCUCUUGACUCCCAAAGAGCUCGAGAAGAAUGUGAAUACGCUAAGGCCGAGAGCUCCCGUGGUGGGCAAGAAGGUUUACCGGCAUCUACGGGACGGGGAUAUGCUUAUUCUCAACCGCCAACCAACUCUUCAUAAGCCGAGUAUGAUGACCCACAAAGCCAGAAUACUUCCCGGGGAGAAGACAAUUCGUAUGCACUAUGCUAAUUGUAACUCGUAUAAUGCUGAUUUCGAUGGAGACGAGAUGAACGUUCACUUUCCCCAGAGUCAACUUUCUCGCUCCGAAGCUUUCAAUCUUUCAUGUACCGACGAUCAGUAUCUUGUGCCAACCUCAGGUAAACCACUGCGCGGCUUGAUUCAAGACCACGUCGUAGGUGGUUUAUGGCUCACAAAUAAGUCGUCGUUCUUUACACGAGAGGAAUAUCAGCAACUUGUUUACGGAGCCCUAAGACCGGAGAACAACUAUACUGGGGAUGGCCGGAUACACAUGGUACCUCCAGCGAUCCUAAAGCCUCAACCGCUGUGGACUGGAAAGCAAAUCAUAUCUACCAUACUGAAGAACAUCACUCCUCGUAACGCCUCACCCCUAACGGUGAAAUCUGCUGCUCAAGUCAAGGAAGCGAGUUGGGGCCGACCACGUAACAUCCAUCCCUCAAACUGGGAUUCGGACGACGUCAAAAAGGAUCGCAGCCAAGACAAGUACGAAAGGAAUCUUUCCGAGGAGCGGGUGCUAGUAUUUGGUGGCGAGCUUGUCCGAGGUGUACUAGACAAGUCGCAGUUUGGUGCCUCUGCAUACGGGCUUGUGCACUCAGUGUACGACGUGUAUGGAGCAGAAGUAGCGGGUCGGCUCCUCAGCAUCUUCAGCCGCCUAUUCACCAAGUACCUCCAGCACCGUGCGUUCACGUGCAGAAUGGAUGACUUGGUACUCACCGACGAGGGCGAGAAGGCUCGGAAAAGUACCAUGGCUUCUGGUGCUACUUUCGGAACCGAAGCUGCUACGAGCUUCUUCAGUGACCUCUCACAAAGCACUAAGAAGAAUGAAGCGGAGAAGAAAGCAGAGCUCGACAGACUUCUCGAAAAGGUCCUCCGUGACGACGCUCAGAUGGCUGGCCUGGACAAUAUCGUCAAAGGGAAGAUGACUGGGCUGUUUGAAGCUGUCAUCAAAGUCAUUCCAAAUGGUCUGCUCAGGCCGUUCCCUGAUAACCACAUGCAAGCCAUGACCACUUCUGGGGCGAAAGGAAGUUCUACAAACGCCAGGCAGAUAUCCGCACUUCUUGGACAACAGGAGCUGGAAGGGCGACGAGUGCCAGUCAUGGUCAGUGGCAAGACUCUUCCUUCGUUCAGACCCUUCGAGACAGCAGCGAUCGCAGGAGGCUACGUAGCGAGUCGUUUCUUGACAGGAUUAAAACCGCAGGAGUUUUACUUUCAUUGCAUGGCAGGUCGAGAGGGCCUUAUCGAUACUGCGGUUAAGACCAGUCGUUCUGGCUACCUACAGCGUUGCCUUAUCAAACACCUGGAGGGUAUCCAAGUGCAUUAUGACCACACGGUCAGAGGUGCCGAUUCUGCCGUGUACCAGUUCCUCUACGGGGAGGAUGGUCUGGAUGUGACGCGACAAAUGCAUCUCUCCAAAUUCGGCUUUAAUCUCAAGAACCAACGGUCGUUGGCGACCAAGUUUGCGGCCAAAGCGCUCGCAGGCAUCAUCGACGAAGAAAACGCCAAUGAUCAUAUGAAACGCGUCAUGAAGAAGAAGCGAAAGCAUCCGGACCGGCCUCUGCCUGAUCCGACCAUUAAUACUUUCUUCCCCUCACGGCAUCUAGGAGCAGUUUCGGAGCAAUUUGCGCAAGAGUUGGACGACUACAUCUCUCAGAACAAGAAUCAUUUGUUGAUCGUCAAGGGCAAUAUCAAUGGACGACAAGCAAUCGAACCGACACUCCCUUCAAAAGUGUUCAAAUCAUUGAUGUCUGUGCGAUAUAUACGCUCUCUGGUCGAACCAGGGGAAGCCGUUGGAUUGCUUGCAUCUCAGGGAGUUGGCGAACCAUCCACCCAGAUGACGCUCAAUACCUUUCAUUUUGCUGGACAUGGUGCCGCAAAUGUGACUUUGGGCAUUCCCCGCCUGCGUGAAAUUGUCAUGACCGCAGCGGUCAACCCAAAAACUCCAAUGAUGACCCUCCCUAUCGUAAAGGGGACUCCUCUUGUGAAAGUGGAAGAGUUUUGUCAGGAAACCUCCCAGCUUUCUCUAUCUCAUUUGAUAGAGAAUAUCCGCAUCACGGAGCACGUUCGACACCACCAUGACGCCCGAAGCAAGGUGUUUGGAGUCGAGAUGCGUUUCUAUCCACAGUCAGAGUACAAGACUGUCCAUUUCGUCUCAACCCGCCAAGUGAUACUCGCAUUGAGCAAACUGGCCGCCAUAUUGAAGCGUAGCAUUCAAGCUGAAGUAAAGAAACUCACUGUCGACCUGAGCGCUCAAGCAGCUUCUAUUGGCAAAGGCAAGACUGCGAAGGAGUCCCGGGCGACGGGACGAGACGAUACCGACGACGUUGACGCGGAUAACGGCGACACUGUAGUGGAAGAUAAUGACAGAGACGGCUCUGAAAUCGGAGACGGGGACGCCGAUGCCGAGAAACAGCAGACGAGGAGCAAGGAGCAAGCUACUUACGACGAAGAGGAGGGAGAUGAUGCUGACUCGGAGAGUGAAGAUGAAGCCAUCGCAGAUGAGACCGCCCUGGAGGCGGCAACGGAUUCCGAUGGAGAGGACAUGGAUGACCAGGGAGAGGAUCGUGAUUCAGAGGCCGCUGAAGAGCAAGGAUUGGAGAGGGCUCUAGACGACAUCAAGGACGUAUUUUCGUCUGCUCUUCCUCUUGUACCAGAUUCGUGGCGGUAUGACCACGAGCGGGGUCUAUUCUUCGAGUUGGAGUACGAUGUCAACAUGCCAAAGCUGCUUCUUGUCGACAUUUUGGAGCGAUCCUGCGUCAAGUGUAUCGUCAGGGAGGUUCCAGGCAUCCACAAAAGUCAUGCUCCAUCAAAGUCUCAUAAAGCUAUCUCAAAUGGAGUUUUCACAGGAGAUGCUGACAUUAUAGUCGAAGGCACAAACCUUCGUUCAGUGGCUUUCCUAGGAGAAGGCGUCGUCGAUGUCACUAGAAUCAGCACAAACAGUAUUCAUGCCAUUCUGGCAACUUAUGGAGUCGAGGCAGCGCGCGCCAGUAUAGUCAAGGAGAUCAAGGAUGUCUUCGACGUAUAUAGCAUCAAGGUCAAUAUUCGACACUUGAUGUUGAUAGCCGACUAUAUGACCUUUGACGGCGGCUUCAAGCCUUUUAACCGCCGUGGUAUAGCGACUCAUAGCUCCCCGCUUCUCAAAGCCUCGUACGAAACCACAGCCGCGUUUUUGUCUGAUGCAACUUUGCACGGCGAUUUCGACACUCUCAGCACACCGUCUGGGAAUAUAGUUGCUGGUCGUCCGGCUCGAAGUGGAACUGGGGCGUUUGACAUUGUGUUGCCUAUUGCGACUUAG